AAAACCCGAGAGAGAGACCCCACGAAAACCCCUCCACCAAACUCUUCCCCAUUUUCCUUCCUCCCCCUUCCUGCCUUCCGCCGUCUCCGCCGCCGCCUCCACCUUCCCCGAGGGCCGCAGCCGGCGGAGCAUCCGUCCCCAUGGCCGCCUCGCUCGUCCACGCCGCGGCCUCGUCUCCGCUGCCCUCCUCCUCCCCCGCGCCGGCCCGCCCGGGGCCCUCCUUCCACCCGCUCGCCUCCUCCCCGUUCCUGCGCCUGUCGUGCGCCGCCGCUUCCUCCUCCCGCCGCCUCCGCCUCGACACCCCGCUGCGGGCGCUCUCGGCCGGACCGCGCCUCGCCGCCGGAUGGGGCGGCCCGCGGACUCGCCGCGUCGUCGCCACCUUCGCCGGGGAGGAAUCCGUGGGUUCAGAAUUGGGUGAUGACAAGGAAAAUGAGAAGGGUGAGAUGAAACCUGAGGAGGCUCAAGAAGUUUGGAAGGAAAUGCUCAGGCAGUUCAAGGAGGAGGCUCAAAGAAUGCACGUACUGACGUUGGAGGCGUAUGGUGUCUACUCCCAGAAGGCGAGGGAGGUGCUAUUAGAAGCCUCGGAGAAGCUGAAGAUCCACGCAGACAAAGCACAGAAGGACCUCAGCGUGAUUGCCACAGAGGUCGGUGAGGAGGGACAGGAAUAUCUAAAAAUCGCAGCUCAAAACUCACCAGACUCAAUUAAGGAUAUCAGUGAGACAUUCAAUUCUCUCGGCAAGUUGAAGAUAUCAGAGUACCAGGAUUAUCACGUGGGCAUUUCCUUUGGUACCUUUCUUACUGUAGGGGGUUUCCUAAACUUCAUGCUUACUGGAAGCACAUCUGCAAUUCGUUUUGGUAUUGUUCUUGGCUUUGCCCUGUUAGCUAUGGGCAUCUCAAGUUUGAGAUCUCAAAGAGCAGGUGGACGUCGUCCUCGACUUCUGCUGAAAGGCCAAGCUGCAAUUGCAAGUAUCAUCUUCUUCAGGGAAUUAUUAAUUUUCUUCCACUAUGGGUGGUUUCCAAAUAUUUUCGUGGUCCUUCUCAGUGGGGCGGUGGCAGGCUUUUACAUUCAACGUAUUAUGACUGGUGGCUACAAAGGUCCAAGCUCCGAGAGUACCGCAGAUAACUAAUGGUUAUACAGGGCCAGUACGAACCGGAUGAUGACAGGAACUUGGGUUUGAAGAUUGACUGCCCCAUUUGCUUUCCAUUUCCAUCCCCAUCAAACUCAAGCAACCCUACUAGUUUGUCUUAGUCCUAUGUGACUGUGGACUUCGACGCUUGGGUUCAGAAGACGACUUGCCUGCAUACUUGCCCAUCGCAGUUGCACUCCUUUGUUCUUUUACUCAUGUAAUAUACACACCCGCCUCGAACAACAAUAAGAAAUGGUCCUCCAAGGUCAUUAGAUGUAUCUAGCUGUUUUCUGUUUAUGUUGUUUAUUUGAUGCUACGUUGCUGUGCUCAAAGCUUGUGACACAUUCAACAACAUCCAGUGAAAUCGGUCAAAACCAGAAUUCGUUUCAGCA